GCAGAAGCGGCGAGUGUUGCGCGCGCUGCGGGGCCGGGGACGAGCCGACGCUGUGAGAGCGAAAAGGAGAGAGAGAGAGAGAGAGAGGGGGGUAGAGCCUGCUUCCCUUCCCUCCCCCUCCCCUACCCGCGGCACCAAACUCCCAGAGGCGGUAGGCCCAGCUUCCCACCCCGCUCUCUUUUUUUCGCCAAUUUCUUCCCCCCCGCCCCACUCAGCUCGCCUGGAGCCCCGCACCUGGAGAGUGGAAUGCGCGGCUGCUCCGAGCGGAUGGAGUGAACGGCCCCGGAGCUGGAGGGGGUAGGGGGAGUCGCGGAAGUCAAUGCCGAGUUCGGAUACGCGCGGCGGGAGCCGGGGUCGCAGCCCCAGCGGGAGGAGACAUCAGAGCCAGAGCGGCCCGGCUCCGGCCCAAACCCAGGCCCGGGAUAAAGGCCGCUGCUCGACGGCCGCCGCCGUUGUCGCCGCCUCGUCCGCUCCUCCUCGCCCUUCGUCGCGUUCGCGGCGCAGGAAACGCCGCAGGAAGCGCUCGGCCGAGAGCCGGGCCCAGCGGAGGGACGGCAAGUACCCGGUCUCCGCCGCGGCAGCCUGCUCGGCUUCGGGCUCUUCGGCUCUCCCGCUCUCGCUCCGCGGCCUGGUCGAGUACGAGGACGUGAGCUCACAGUCGGAGAAUUUCGGCUUCAGCCCCGCGUCUUCGGCUGGGCGCCGGGCCGAGCGCUCCCGCGACAAGGAGAGGCGGAGACGGGACAAGGGCAAAGAGAGCUCCCGGUCCAGGGCGGACGGCAAGGCCAAGAGUAAAAGCCGGAGCCGAAACAAAGCCGGGGCGGCAGCCGAGCAGCCGGCCCAAAGCGACAAGGAGGCCCGGGGAGGCCGUGGUUCGCACCGCACUGACAAAGAGACGCCCGCGGCUUACAGAGAGCCUCCGCCGCGGGCCUACCGGGAAGCCGACUGGGAGGCUCCGCGGGCCUACCGCACCUCGACCUCUCCUGGGCCCCGCAGUCCGCCUUACCGGGAGCAGAGUCCUUACGGUACAUCUGUCCCGUGUUACCCGCAGGCUUACGGGGCCACCUCCGGCCAUAGCCCCAGCAGGCCCCCUACCUUCGAACUAUACAGCCCUCCCCCGCCGCUCUUCGCUUUCAAGCCGCUGUACAGCUCGCGGGAGUCGGCGUUACACGCCGGCUACACCGGUCGUUCUCCCAGCCCUUACCCGACUUCACGCCGCCGCUCUCCCAGCUUCUCCCGGCACCUUAGUCCCUAUGAUUAUGGCGGUCUGUCCCCCGCUCCCUACUCCUCCAGCAGUCGGCGACGCUCGUCCAGUCCCUACAGCCGGAGCCCGGAACUCAGGAGGCCUAAAUCACGGAGCAGAAGUCCAUAUCAUUCUAGACGAUCAAGAUCUCGCAGCAAGCACCGUGUAUCAAGGUCUCGCAGCCGGCAGUCAAGCAUUUCACCAAACAGUUUAACUUAUAAAACUAGUCUUGCAGCUGAGCUGAGUAAGCACAAAAAAGCAAGAGCUGUUGAGGCUGCUAAAAAUAAUGCAAAAACUUCAAAUGCACUUACUGUGACUACUGCCAAGGCAAGUAGCAAUGCUAGUUCAACAACAACAACAGCCCAUACAUCUCAAACAAAAGACACAAGAGAGGCGAAUAAGCUCAAGUCUGAGCGAGUGACAGUUUCCCCAUUAGACACUGGGAUCCAGGUAACAGUUAAAAGUGAGAAACCAAAAGUCAAGGUGACUACUCAGGAGGUGAAAACAGAUCUUGACUCAAACACAGAUAAAAAAGAGGCAACACCAACGAACAUCGGGGCAAAAAUUCCGAAAGCCCAACCAUUGAAAGUGGAGUUGACCACGCCAAAAGAAAAACUCAAGCAAGCUGUGCCAAAUGAAAUUGCAAAGGAGAGAGAGAAAAACCCGACUCUGCAAACAUCAGCACUGCCAUCACUACCUCUGCUCCCAGUGCUGACCAAGGAGGGACAUGAAGAAGUGAGCAGUCCAAAGGAUGGCUUUAUAACAAAGAUUAUAAAGAAGGAUCCUGAACGGAAGACCCGGCACUUACUAACAGACCUUCCAUUGCCACCUGAACUUCCAGGAUCUGAUUUACCAUCUCCUAAAACUCCUGAAGAGAAGAAAACACCUGUUCAGUCACAGAUUAAAAAGCGACCCAAAAUCUGUGGCCCUCGGCAUGGUGAGACUGUAAUAGCAGAAAUUGACUGGGGUAAACGCUGCGUCGACAAGUUUGAUAUUAUUGGAAUAAUAGGUGAAGGAACUUAUGGACAAGUCUACAAAGCUAAGGACAAAGAUGCUGGUGACAUGGUUGCUUUAAAAAAAGUUCGCUUGGAUAAUGAAAAGGAGGGCUUCCCUAUAACUGCUAUCCGAGAGAUUAAGAUACUAAGGCAGUUGCACCACUCGAGCAUAAUAAACAUGAAAGAGAUUGUGACGGACAAGGAAGAUGCAUUGGAUUUUAAAAAAGAUAAAGGCAUGGAUGACAGCAGGAACAACACACCUCAAGGCUUGCAGCUUUCUCAACAUAAAACUCAGGGCAAUUCCAGUAUAGGAAUAGGGAGUAAAUGCACUGGACAGCCACUAAACCAGAAUGACCUGGCAAUUCUGCUGAAUUUGUUGAGAUCCAAGAACAGUCUCAGCCUAGCACAUCUUGCUCAAAUACUGAAUAUUAAAGUGAAUCCUGAGACCCAGCAGCAACUCAGUACAGUUAACCUUCCAGCUGGAGUCCUGGCAGCAGCUGCUAAGCAGCAGCAAGAAUUAGAGAAGCCACAAGUAACAUCAACUUUGACAGUUCAGCCCCCACCACCUGUGACUCAGCCAACACUGAAAGGUGAGCCUGAUGCUACUCAGGCCGCCAUCCAGAGUACACUUGCUGUUUUACUAGCUCAACUGAUUAAGACACCACAGCCAAAAGAGAAAGAAAUUGUUGCAGAGGCAGAGAGCACUGCUACUGAAAUCGAACCACCCGCUCAACUACCAGAACCUCUGGAUCCACCUGACCCUGUCGCUGCUACGCUCGAUUUCAAUGACGACUCUGCUAGACAGUCGGAUCUUAGCAUCCCAGAACAGUCACCUGUACAUGAACAUCCUCGAAUCCUGCCCCCAGACCAGAGACCCCCGGAGCCGCCAGAACCACCACCCACUUCAGCAGAUGGAAACUUUCAGACAGAGGAGCAGCAUAGUGCCGUUCCUUGCUCAACAAGUGAUCCAACUGCAGGAGUGAAGGCAGCCCUUUUGGAGCUUUUAGCUCAUCACCAAGCCCAGGAAUUGGGACAGACGUCUCUUGACUAUCGAGCAAGUGGUAACCUUAGAACCGCUGCAGAUUAUGGGGAUGGAUUUGGGACAUCCUGCACAUCUAAUAACUUCAAUACUGAUGGAUAUACCAGCAGACUUGGCAGCGGUGGGGGAAGGGGCACCUUCCUGGGUAGUGCGGAUGCUCCCAGUCACUCACUUCUGGAUAAUGUGUCGUCUACAUUCAGUGCUCCAUCAUCUCUUGCUAGUAGUGCGCACUUGCAUUCUGGCUACUCGGAUGCCUUUUCUAGCUCAGUGACAGGUUAUGGAGAAGGGAUUAGUUAUCUCAGCAGCAGUGCUAUGCAGUUUACAGGAGACAAAGACCACAGAUUUGAGUACAGCCGUGGUGCUCUGCCCCUGCUGGGCAGCAGUGGAAGUAAUCCAGCAGCAAUAACUGAAAGUACUAACAGUGCAAAUGUGCCUCUUGCCGCAAAACUACAAAAUUAUGGGUAUGUUGCCAACAGACAAGAGAACCUAGCCACAAGUGGCCAUCUUCACGGACAGAACUGGGGAUCCCCUGGGCGUGGAACAGGUUAUUCUCAUGCGUACAGCGGCCGUAUUAGCACAUCAACCAUAGGAGGACGAGGCAGAGGUUUACCAUAUUGAUUUACAAACCAGACUUUAUAAAAUAUACAUGAACGAUACACUGAAACAGCUGGGAAGUCUUCUACAUAGUUGUGGUUUGUACCAGGGAUUUUUUAAAAAUGUAAAAUGUACAUUUGAAUACAAAUACAAAAGUUAUUAGAUUUGACAAAUUUGAAGUAUUCCAUCACAAAACCAAUUUGUACGUGUGGAGAAGUAAUGAAGAAAACACUAGGCUUCUCUCAUGAACUGCAAUAUUUUUCUUCGUCCUCUGUUCUACAGUUCUGUUUUUUAAAAGAUUAUUUUUAUGAUUGUACAUCACUUUUUCCCUUUUGACCGGUUAGACCCGUUUGUAUAAUAGUUUUGAAGAGAAUGGUUUUUCUAGGCUGGCUGACUUUUGGGGUACUUUGUGGCUAAAAACCUAGCAAGACCAUGAUCAUAAAGUUGGCGAGAAUUCUGUACAUUAAGUGCUUUUAUGAGUUUGGACCAACUGUCUACUAUCUGUGAGCUGCUAGACUCUGCAAUGCUCUUAAGUAGUGUGCUUUUUUUAAAAAAAAAAAAUUCUUAUUGACAGGUGACUGUCAUUUCUUAAGCUUGGCGUUAUUGAGGAAUAUGUGAUUAAUUCACAUUUUAUCUGAGCUAACAACACCAAUUUGAUUUACCCUCUAUACAAGGACAGCAGGUAUGUGGUCCUUUUUUUUUAGAAAAAAGGUCAUCAGAAGUUUUGAGUAAAGUCCAUGCUAACUGAAUUGUUGCCUUGUUUUGUAGUUCUACUUUUAUCAGACAAUUCUUACUAAAAUGAGAAAUAUAAAAACAAAAAGCAGCAAAUGCCUGGUUACUUCAGUGUUUUUCAUGGGUCUUUCAAUUCAUUCAUUUAGGCAAUUUAUUUUUGCCUAUUAUCAAAAAUAACUUGCAUUACAUAACGGUGUCUGGUAGACAAGAGCUAGGUUUGGAAAAAAGAGCAUCUUUCGUGGAGAUCUGUGCACAUUGGUGAACUCAUCCCCACAAUUGUGGAACAAGGUACUUCCUACAUCACAAAAUAUGACAAUGUAAUUUGCAUUGGUAGUUCUAAUAUGAAGCAAAGUUUUACACAUGAGAUGCCUAAUACCUCUUUGGGGAUAAGGGCUUUGUAAUUCAAUCUCAAACCAAGGACCAUAAACCCACUUCAGUUUCACUGAGGCUGUUUUUUAAAGGAGUUGUGAGAACUUGCUGAUUUAGAGGUAUUCAUUAUCUAUUAUAAUCUAAAAUAGUCUGAGGCAACAAGAAAAUUGAUUUAUACAGUUUGUACUUAUUCUGGGCAUAUUUUUAACCAUUCUUCAGCCAGAAAACGGUGGAACUAUUUCUAUUCUAAUAACCCAAUAAAUAAUGGGCUUUUUAUCUCAGAACUUAUGUUUUGCUCUUGGGUCAUGAGAGUUUAAUGCUUAAUGUUGAAGUUUUCCAGAUAUUUUGAAUUGUCAAGAACUCCCAGUUAAUUUACAUGCAAAUACAAAACUGUAUGUGGAGGUUAGUACAUUUUUGGUGGGCAGGAUGGUUGUGGAGCUAAAGGCUCCAGCCCUCCUUCAGUGAUCUGCCAAAUGUAAUCCAUUUGAUCACGUCCAAUUUUGUCAGUCGGCACUAACUAUUAAUACAGUGAACCCUCUGCUUUUACUGGCAUGCUUGACUUUACAAAUUUACAUAUUUUGUAUUGGUUCAUUAGCAGAAAAGGCAUGCCCAUGACUAUACUCCAGUGAAAAAGAAUGCAAAAUUUAACACUUUAUGCAUGCCAAGUGAUGUACUUGGCAAACACAUUGACUUAAGUCAAUUUUUAUGUACCUGAUUUCCAACCAUGCACUCACCUGGCGUAAACAUAUAAAAUUAUAACCCUAUUGAUCUCAGUGCUGUUUCACAUACACAAGGAUAUUGCCCUUCAGUGGGAGUGAAAUGUGUGCUGUGUUGCAGAUUUUCCAGAGAUGUAUGCAAGUUCUUGAAGCAUUAUUUUCCCCACUGACACAAGUAACCCUGUUAUGAUUCAGUUGUAGCUUGAAAUAAUAAAUGUCCAUUUCAAAUUUAUUUUGUACACCAUUUUAUGCUUAUAGUAAGGUAGAAGAUCUCAGGUGCCCAACCGUUACAGGACAUUCACAUUAACUUGUGAAAUAACACAGUCUUGUACAGGAAACCUUGUUACACUUGUAUAAAUGGAGACCUGUAUUUUUUUUUAAUUUUCACUUGUGCAUAGAAGGUACAGGUUAGACGUCAUUCCAAAAUUGUAAUAUACUCGGGGAUAAAUUGACACAUUGAUAUUUUAAUUCAUACCCAGGUGUAAAAUGUUUGCUUUCCCAACCUAAAUCAAUUGUUUUAUUUUCAAAUUUUCAGGAUGCUUUCUGUUGACCUACUUCAUCUCCACUUCAGAAGAAUUCAAAAAAACUCUAUUUAUACUGUAAUAUGUUUUAUGGAUACUAUGGCCUUUUCAAAGAGUUUCACAUAAUUUGUUAAAAGAUUGAAUUCUGGUAUUGUAAUUUUGUAUGGAUCUGUAAAUAAAGAUGGAGAUUAAUUUCUGCA